UCACAGUUCCAACGAAGACACGCGUACGAUAGGAAGUGUUUCGCGCGCGCGGCCUCUCUGCCUACUAAGCAAGCCGCCCGGAGGAAACAGUGAACCACUUUGACCGCGCAUACAGCCACGCAAGUUUUCGUGAACAGUUUGCUUUUCGUCAAUGUAAAACCGCAGAGAAUAAGUGUGUUUGCUUGUCUAACCUACAUACAGUGCGCUGAGCAAACGGCAAGCUACACCGCGAAAAGCUUCAGAAGAAGAGUGUUCGUUGUGGUUCAAAUAAUCUUCAAAUUGGUGCCAUAGUUUGCUAUUACGGCGGUAAGAUGGCAGCAGUAGCGGCGACCGCGCAAGAAAUGACUGACAGUGUAACGAGAGCGGCUGGAACGGCCGGGUCAUCAACAGCGAUAGUACCAAUCAUUACGCUCCCGGGAGUGUUCCGACGGCGCAUGGAGAACCUGAAACACAACAGUGAGUGUGAGAAUGAUGAGCAGCGUCACAACCAAACACUACCAUCGUUUGCCGACGCCAAGAUGGCCGCCUCCGAUUCGGGCGUGUUCCUCUCGAUGCAGGACAUCGAUCGGGAUCCCCGGGCAGUGGCACAGGAAGCGUGAUAGGCAUGACACGUCUGCUGUCGUCCAACGGUGGCAGCAGCUCCGGAGCACGUACAAAGGAACCCACGCCUCGGUUGGACCGCGAUCGGUGCACGACACUACUGGCAGGCAGCAGCAGUGCCACGGCCCACGGUGGUGGUGAGCUGCAACGAAAGGUCGUGCAAGAGGAAGACCCCGCCAUGGACGGUCACGAUAACGAUGUAGAUAACGAUGAUGAGGAAGUUGGUAUUACGAUUCGGCUUGGCAAAAAGAAGCCAGAACUGCGACUGAUGAAGGAUCGUACCUGCCAGAGUCUGCCCGACGUCAACAGUGCACGACCGAAAGCGCUACCAAAGGUAGUGACCGCCUGUGAUAGUACUGACACGGAUGGGUUUGGCGAGGCGGACGACGACGACGACGUGGACGACGACGAGCUCAACCAAGCAUCCGCUCCGGUGAGACCUUGUGAUACGGGUGGCACAUCCACGAUGGCCCCUAUAGUGGAGCAGCCGGUCGGUAGCAGUGGUGAGGAAGAAAAUGUGAGUUCUACCACUGCCACCACCGUUGUCGUCCCUCCUCCGAACAAUCCGCUAAUGAAGCCAGCCCCCGUACCGGGUACGGGACCGCCAAUGGUCGACCCGAACGUGCUACAAGUGUUUGCCAUCGAUCCCAAACUGAUCAACAAGUACGAUGGGUUGGAGCAGACGCUCUACUACAUCGACGAAAACGGCAGCCCCAAGAUCCGUGAAAAGUACGCCUUGCAACGACAGCUGGCCGAAGAAAAGCGGCAACGCAAGCAGCAGAAGAAGCUGGAACGUGCGGCCAAGUUUGGCGGUUCGCUCGACGGGGAACCGCCGGUGCAGUGUUCCUGCUUCAGUUUUAGCCGACUAUCCCGCAAGCUCAAGGAGAUGUGUAAGGACGGUUCCAAAGUGACGACGGUUGUAGCUACACCCGGACAAGGCCCAGAUAGACCACAGGAAGUAUCAUACACAGAUACUAAGAUAAUUGGCAAUGGAAGCUUCGGUGUCGUCUUCCAGGCGAAACUCUGUGAUACGGGCGAGCUAGUCGCUAUCAAGAAGGUGUUACAGGACAAACGAUUUAAGAACCGUGAACUACAGAUCAUGCGACGACUAGAACACUGUAACAUCGUUAAGCUAAAAUAUUUCUUCUACUCGAGUGGCGAAAAGAAAGACGAAGUUUAUCUGAACUUAGUGCUCGAAUAUAUCCCAGAAACGGUUUAUAAAGUCGCCCGUCACUAUGCUAAGAACAAGUUAACGAUACCUAUCAACUAUAUCCGAAUUUACAUGUAUCAAUUAUUCAGAAGUCUUGCUUAUAUUCACUCGCUUGGUAUCUGUCACCGUGACAUCAAACCACAGAACCUGCUGCUUAAUCCUGAGACGGCAGUGCUAAAGCUGUGCGACUUUGGAAGCGCCAAGCAGCUGCUGGACGGUGAGCCAAACGUGUCGUACAUCUGCUCCAGAUAUUAUCGAGCACCGGAGCUGAUAUUCGGCGCUAUCAACUACACCACUAAAAUUGACGUAUGGAGUGCAGGAUGCGUGCUUGCAGAACUGUUGCUCGGACAACCAAUCUUCCCGGGAGAUUCUGGCGUCGAUCAGCUGGUGGAAAUCAUCAAAGUCCUCGGCACACCGACACGGGAGCAGAUCAAAGAGAUGAAUCCCAAUUAUACGGAAUUCAAAUUCCCUCAGAUCAAGAGUCAUCCAUGGCAAAAGUUAAUGCUAGAGCGAAUGUCUUUCCCUACCACGACCAAGACCGACCACCAACGUAUUAGAGUGUUCCGGACACGCACCCCACCGGAAGCGAUCGCACUGGUUUCCCGUCUGCUGGAGUACACGCCAGGCACGAGAAUUACUCCGAUGCAAGCAUGUGCCCAUCCGUUCUUCAACGAAUUGCGAGAAGGCAGCAAGUAUCUGCCGAACGGUCGCGAAUUUCCACCGUUGUUCAACUUCACCGAGCAAGAGCUUGCCAUUCAGCCAAGUCUGAACCUGAUUCUGAGGCCCAGAAACCAAAACGAGGCCGCUUCCAAGGCAGGACAAUCGUCAAGCGGAUCGAUGGAAGGUGGCAGCGGCAGCAGUGGCAACGGUGGUGCCGGCAGCUCGUCUGGCAGCGGUGGCGUUGGAGGUAGUGGCGGUGGAGCUAGUGCCAGUAGCGCUGGCGAUGCGAGCAACUUGGCGCAGCAAUCCUGUAGCGGUGCAGCUGGAGGUAGCGCCGGCGCUGGCGUUGGAUCGGACGAUAUGGCAGCCGCAAGUGGGGGUGAUGCAAACACCUGUCAGCCUUCUGCUGCCACCUCAUCGAUGGGUUAGCUUUAAUUGUGUACGAACGACAACAACCAGCCACAAGGAGCAAAAUGUGCUUUAAACCUAGAGGAGAAUAAUAGCAUGCUCAGAAUAAGAGUGCAAGGAAAAACUAAAGGGAAAACAACACUUGUCCUCUAGCACUCGAACUGGGCGUUACUGUCUGACGUAGACACUAGGAAGCGACUGUGUACAAGUGUUUGCACGCAAUUUUGAGAACCACGGCCAGCAAACGGCACACAAAAUCAAUGGAAAGUAAAAAAAAUUAAGUAGUAAAACCGAAAGGAAAGGGGAUCAUCGCACUUGCAAACGCAGCGAUGUUGAUCGAUAACAAGCAAAACUAGCUGUGCGUAAUGUCGGACAUAUGGGACUAGUGCAGAAAUAGCGGUUACGCAAAGUAACGAGGUAUGUGUGUAAAAGUUUAAUGUUAAAUUUAUUUUUAAUUAUUAUUUAAAGCAUCGGGAUCGUCAAGAAUGCUAUACAUUGAUGUAUCGCUGUGCAACAUGAAAAAAUCAUUUAAAAAACAUGUUAAAGAAGCAACACAAAGCGACGCGUGGCAUGUGCGGAUGUUCGUAAUGGUAUGGUCCAAACACAGAAGAUGUAGUUAAUCUGUUUUGAUCGUUUUGUUCGACUUUUUUGUUUCUUUAUUUUUUACUUCGAAGCAGUCAUCAUUUAGACGGAAAGUACCGUGCAGAAACGUGUGUAGUGUGAUGCCCUAGUGUGAGUGUAAAAUCAUGUAAAGCCCUACGAGUGGUGUGUAUGGUUUGCUAAGGGUUAUUAGAGAAUCACUUAUGUUCUCUAAACCAAAACCCACGCAAACCAUCCACACUUACCUUCUCUUACACACAAAAUAAAAGUUGUACAUUUAUAUCCACGAAGAUUACUGCAGCGCGCGCACUCCCUUAGCUGGUGGGGGCACUUCUAGCAAACAGGGUGGCCGUUGAAAAACAACACCGUUCGAUUGCGGUGUGAGAAUGCCGGUAGUGUGUUAGCGAUGAGUGUACAUUUCACAUAGCUUUGUUUUAGUUUCUUUACGAUAAAAUGCAAAGUGAAAGAAACAUAAACUAAAUGGUUAAACUGAAUUUUAUUACUGCACACAAGUACGCAUGAAACAAAAAUCAAACCACCCCCCAAUAUCUGUAUGCAAAAGGCAUAUGAAGUAGAACAUUGUUUGCAACAGUUCCAAACAGCGCGGGGAUGUGUAGAGAGGUAUUUAACAUACUUUUGUGUUGAGAGAAAUCUUCUAGAACCGAGCAGAGGUGCUGUAUUGCAACCCCUAGUAAGCCAGCGCUGUGAAAACACACACGCGCACGUUUUAAGACCCAACGACGAUGGUGAGUGGUAGACUUAUUUUAACGAUUCAAUAGUACCUUGCUGGGUUUGUAAAUCGUUUGUAUACCUCCAUGUGUGAAAUUUGCAAUUUUUCGGCUAUUGAUUAAAUAUUUAAUUUUUAGUAUGUUAUCACAGAGCAACGGUUCACCCCAACAGAACAACCAUUAUAGAAAGGAAAUGAUGAUUAAUAUAUUGUUACUAAAUCACGCCAAGUCCAAUCAAUAAACAAACGGGUCUUGCAUGACUUGAAACAGAAGACCGUUUUAGGUAAAGGGCCGGACCGAUACGAGAUUGCGAAAGAUGCGCGUGUGUGUGGCGUUUGCGUUAACGUAAACCAUGUUCAACGAUAUGGCGAACCGUAAAAUAUGUAGGAAUCUACAAUAAAAAGGCCAAUAAAUCAGACCCGACGCGCGAAAUGCAGCUUGGCGUAUUUGAUCGUGCCGUUAGUGCUGUAAGCUUACAGAUUUUGGGGCUGUUCCGAUGAGUCAACCAUCACACACACACACACUCUGACAUUGCAGUGGGUUGAAUUUGUCUUACACAUCUUUUGUCUUCUUUUUUUUUUAAUUGGUGUGAUUGCGCAUUAUUUGCUAUGGCGCAUUAUCAAGCAAAUUGUGCAUUAUGUGCUGUUUGCGGUAAAGGGGGAAUGCACACGCUGUCACGUCGUUUCUGUAAUCAGUUUAUAAAAUCAGUAUGCGAUAUACAUCGACGAAAGCUCUUUUCUUUUGCCCAAAGCAUAAGUGCAGCGCGACGAUCCAUCCAUCACACGAUUUCGAUCGAUUUUGAUGAGAGGUGCGUUUGGUGGCUAUAUUCUGCUCUGGACAAAUCAUUGUCGUUGGCAAGAAGAAGUCAUUGUAUAAAGGAGGCGGUUCUGCUGCAAAUCUAGCACACAACCACCACAUACCGUAGAUGUAAGAUUUGAUGCUGUCGCAUAUCUACGUUGCUGACGAUCUUGUCGAUCUCACGCUCGUUCUGCAGCGAAUCCAUGUAAACGCCUAGAAAACAGGCAAACUACCGGCGAACACGUUGCUGUUCAAGUUCGCGUUUCGCAUGUGAAAUAUACAAAACAGUCACACCUUCCUAAGCUAGGAAAGGGUAUACUACUGCAGUUUGCAUACUGUGCGCCUGUUACACGCAGCAGCAACGGAAAAACGCGUAUGAUUGUUAAAAGGCGGCAGGCAAAUGGCUGCUGAUUUCUUUUUCUUUUUUUUUAAAAUACGUUUCGUGUGUUGUUUUCAUUAGAUUUGCGCGAAUGAACGGGAAAAGGUGUAAGAAAUGGCUUUUUCCAGGUAAUGAUCCAUUUUUGCUGUUAAAAGGUGUAAAAUAAAGUUAGCUUUUGCUGUUAGGAAAGUUUUCUCAGACUAAGCAAAUUUAAUGGCGCACUUUAUGACGUGUGUGUGUGUAUGUGUGUGUGUGUGUACGAACAUUACAGUUAGGACGAGAAAGUUUGCUAAAGUUUCUUUUCCGAGAUGAGCUAAAUGAUGAAGCUCUAGAGUAAAUGGGAAAAAUCAUAUACAUAAUAUAUACACACUCACGUACAUGCAUGUGUCUGUAUGCAUGAGCAAGGCUAGACGAGCAAAAAAGUAUAUGUUUAAUCAUCUGAUAAAUUAUUUUAAAUGAAUGAAAAUUAAAAAAAAAUCGCAGACAGAAGUAGAACAGAUGAGUAGUAAAAACACAUAAUAUAUAGAGAUAAACAUAGGAAGACGUAUAUGACUAAAAUGAUUGUAGUAUAUAUAUAUAAAUAUAUACAUAUAUAUAUAAUAAAAAUAAUAAAAUGGAAAGGAAAAUAUACAUAUUACAGCAUAAGUAAUUUAAACGCAACUUCUAAUUGGACUGGAAGCUAACUGGCAAGUGGCUGAGCUACCACACUUUAUGCAUGCAAAGUGAAAACAAAAACUGGCGAGAAAAUGACUAACUACAACUGAUUUAAAUGUUGAUUUUGGUCUGAACUCUGUAUGUCGUUCAACAACAACAAAAAAACGGAUUAAUGGGCGGGCAGGUCGUGUUGUCAAAAACGAUUCCGUAUUCGCUGCUAAACAAACUCCCGUGCGAUGCAGCGACUGUAUGGAUACUGUUUUCUUUUUCGUAAUGUUAAAUUACAUCGUGCAUCUACAAUGAAAUGAGGUAAAGGAUUGUGCCCUAUGUGUAUGUUAUCGGUAGGGCGUGGACCAGUGGUUGAUUCAUUCCCCCCUUCCACACGCGUCACUUGUGGUUUCGUGUGAGGAAAAUAGGAAUGGUGUGGUUUGUUUCGUAGUGUAGCUUAUCGUUGGAGAAUCAUGCAAUCAGAUCGGAUUUAGAGCUAUCCCGCAGAAUCCAUACCCUAAUUCAAAUGAAUUCAAGAAGAAGCGGCAAAGUAAACAAUUAAAAAGAAGAAAAAAACUAUAUAUCAUACAUAUGACACUUCACUUCACCACUACAGGUCCGCGGCACAGAAAGCAGUGAACUUUAUCGUGUAUUAUAGGCAUAUUAGCUAACUCUAACACUCUUAUUUAACGAACGAACACAAAACUGAUGCAGCAAACAUUGUUAGAUUGAACCUUAACAAAAGGAAAAAAAAGGAAGAAAUAAACAAACCAACAAACAGCAGAGCGCAGGAUAAACUCGUAAAAAUCCGCUAUAGGGCAUUUCACUUAUACUCAACAAAAGUUAAUAGUAAUAAACGCUAGCAAAAGAUUUAUAAAGAGGCAAACAAACACGAAAAUUCGUAGCAAAAUUUUGCAAACAUGUGACCAGAAACGCUGGCCCAGCAGCACGAACACGAAAAGUAAAACCAAUACAAAACAAAACGAACAAGACAGCAGCUGUAAGACAUAUAGAAACUGUGUUGUAAGACAUAUAGAAACACUGCGUAACAAAAGUGAAGACAAAAAAAUGUUUCCCAUUGUUCUAAAACUAAAAAUAUCUAAACACACACACACACACAAGCACACAGCAACACACACACCCUCAGACUAAAGGAGAACACCAAAUUUGAGAAUAAAUGUGUGUCGUAAUCACAUAUGCAAAAAAAGGAAAAAAAAAUCCGUUUUCUCUCUUAGUAACUACACAGGCACAAACAAAAGCAUGCGUAAUGAAAAAAACAACAACUAAACAAUUGACACAUAAUACAAUUUCCCAUUUUUAAGACAAGUCCCUUGAAACCAUAACAAACCAGACCGGAACCGUACACUUACACAAAACACGAAACAAAACAACAAACGUAUGUGCAAAACAAGUAAAAGUGCAUUGUUAGCAGACAAAAAUGAAUUCAAAAUGUGACGAAUAAAAAACAUACAUAAAACAAUACAAAAAAUCUAAGUAAUCUUUACAAACUACAUAUAAACUUAUAUAUUACUUUCACAUGCAAUCAUACACACAAUCAGAAGUGUAUAAACGAAAGCAACAGAUCGGUUGAAAAGGUAUACAAAAACAAACUACAGGAAACUGGACAGACAAUUUUGAGGAAAGCGAAACCAACCGAUCAUUCAUUGUUUAGUUCUUUUUGUUGUGAUUUAUAUUGUCUAAAAGAAUCGUAUUUGUCAUAAAACUGCUUUGUUUAAUACGUGUUUCGCUCUGUUUCUGUCACGAUUGUAUGUUGUUUUUAGUUCAGCAAAGAAAAUGUUGAGAAAAAGGAUAUUUUAUUGCGUUCUGAAGAGAGAGGGAAGGAGCUGAAGAUUGUGACAUUGGUAUAGAAUAGUAAACGAACGUUCUUAUCAAAAUCAUAUCCAGCUGCCAAUGGAAUGGUAAAGCGGUUAGGGGAGAGAACAUUCAACACAAGGUCUUUCCGAUCUCAUAGAGCAAAACAGCAGUAGCAGAAUGAAGGACCGAUUUAAUAACGCAGCACAGAAGCUGGAUUGCGUACGUACGCGCAUGAUACUCUUUAGUGGUGGUGGUAGCCGAGCAAUGUGUGCCGUUAGUUUCCGGAUAGUAAACGGCAUGGUGGUGUGAAGCAAGCAGACACAAAAGAAAUGAAGCAAAGUAAGAUAUAAAGCACGCAAAGCAAAACAAUCUUAUUCGAACAAACAAGGAAACAAACAACACACACAUUUAUGCUAUUCAUAUAUACGAUACAAUGAGUCGUGAUGUCGAUCGGCUAGCAAUAGAUCGCAAGAAGAUCAGUUGAAAGAAGAAACACAACUGCACAUCCUUAUACCCGUAGUUACAGAAUUCCAAUGCAAAAUAAUAAAAGUCGAAAAGAGCAUCUAUAACACAAUAAGAACAGCUAAUAGAAACAAACAAUGUCACAGUGUGUCACAUUCGUUUGCAAAGAUGAAAGCCGAAAAUCGAUCUGCAAAGGCAUCGGAAAAUGGAGCAUGAAAUCUCCGCAUCUAAUCAAGAACACAAUGGCAAUGGAGUCUAAAAAGGCAAAAAUGUGCUUCAAGCCUAUGCUACUUUCCAAGCGACAACAAACAAUGAAUGGAAAGCCACAACUAUAAUGGUGACAAAGAUGCAGGAUGAAACAAAUACCACACACAAACACUCACACAAAACACCCACAAACACAACAAAAGGAAAUUGCAGUUCAAAAUCAAUAGUUAAACAAAAAUUAUUUCUUGUAGGAAAGUAAAGCUUUUUCUGCUGACAAAGAGAAGGAAGAGAGAGGAAAAGAAGUAAAAAAAGCCUAGCGACAACGGUUGGUCGCUAUAGUUUCCGUUCGUUCUGGCCACGUGUUUUAUGGCCAUUCUGCGCAUUAGCUCUGGGCGCAAAAUCUAUUGCAGUUUUAUCCAUAUAUAUAGAGCAUGUAACGAGCAUGUAACGGUUUUGCGAAAUCAAACAACAAAAUACUAACAAACAAAACUGUUGCUAAAAUUAGCUAACACUUCGUAGAAAAAAAACAAAGGUAAUCACAGUUUCUCACACAGUCAGUUCAGUCAGUCAGCCAGCCAGAGUGGGGGGAGCGGGAGGUUAUGUUUAAAAACGAUAAUACCAGUUCGUUUGCCCGAGUGCUUUUGAACGAAUUGCUAUUUGGUUGCACUCUGUCCCUAGCAAAGAAUAAAAUAAAAUAUAAAAACGUAGUGCUUAAAAGGUCCUCUUAGUGGGAUAGAGGCAAAAUUAACAGAAGAAAGAGAAAAAAACAAACAAAAACACAAUAAAAAAGAGACAAAAUAGAAAUCAGAAACUGAAAAGGACCAGACCGCAGUUAUUCAAUCUCUGAUGCAGUGGAAUAAGAAAAAAAAAUAAAAUUUUAGCUCGUAGUUAUUGUGAAGGGUCCGUGUCUUGAAUUUGUGUCGUUUUGUUUUGUUAAUUUAUUUAAACACUAUAUCAAGCUCUAUAAAUAACUGCAAACGAAACAAAACAACUGAAACAUAUACGAAAUGCACAUGUUGGAGACGAUUUUUUCUGUUAACAAUUGAUUAUUAUGGUCCCAUAAAUACUAAGUUUUCGUUUUGCGUACUUAUCAAGUUGAUCGUUUUCUAUAUAUAUAUAUAUGUGUGUGUGAGUAUGAAUGGGGAAAUGAUUUGAAGAAAACAAAACAAAAAAUAAGAGAAGGUUGAUAACAAUACAAACUCAGAACGUUCAUUCGUCGUUCGUUUCCAACUCACUUCGAAACGAUCCGUACUCUUCUUGAAUCGGUUUAUUUUUAUACAUUUACCUCUACUGUAACUUGAUUCAAGCUAGUAAAAUUGACUAAGUAAAGAAUGAUAGAUCAGCACUAGGGCGUAUUUUAGUACAACACGCAUCUGAUUAUGGAUUAUGGAGACGAAGCAUAAGAGAAAGGGAAAUGGAAAAGGAAAAGGAAAAAAAAGCAUCGCGAAAAUAUAACAACAAUAUAGGGCAAAUCUUCUAAAAAAAGCGGCAAAGGAGGCAAAGUUUAGAAAAACUAAAAUACUAAAAAUAAAUAGAAACAGAGGAAAAAAGAACAAAUCAAAGUAAGAGCAGACGAGUAAGAAAGUAAAACCAAAGCGCAUAUGCCGCAAAACAGGGCUAGAAACAUCACAACGCAGGAAAACAAAGUGUUGCGGACGAGUUAUGAGAGAGAUGGAAAAUGAGAUCGAUCGGGAAAACCAUAAAGCGUGAAUCAGUUUUGUAAAAACUUGUAUGUUUGUUAUAGCUUAUAGUAAAGACGAACCAGGGAAGAAUAGUAGGCGAUGAGCAGAUGAUGCAAGAGCUGCUAGAGCUGGAACAGGCCACAGUGUUGACAGAUGUCAUAACAAACUGCAAGAAAAAAAAACACAACUGAACGAUAGAGAGAAAGAGAGAGAAAAGAGAGAAGAGAGAAAGAGAGAGAGAGAGAGAGAGAGAGAGAGAGAGAGAGAGAGAGAGAUAGAGAGAACAAGAACGAGAACGGGAACGACCAGAAAAAGAGAUUGAGUGAGUGUGUGAGUCGGAAGAGAGUGAUGGGGGGAGGGGGUUAUAAGGGUGAGAAAGAAAGAAAAUAGAUCAGUCAAAUUGCAGUGGAGUUGAGCAAUUUGGAUGGUGUACUGUCCUGGCAAUUAUUCAAGUAUAGAAAUAGUGCAUUUCCAUUACAUUCUGUCGUCUCUUACCACACCACGAACGAAGAAAUUGAAUGAAAGAAGAACUGUGUAACUGUCAGUGGAAUGCUGGAAGAGAGAAGCAAAUGGCCGAUGUUUGUUAAAACAAAAAAACGCAAGAUAGAAACAGAAGACAGAAAAUACAGCCGGGCGAUAGUCAGAGUAAAGAAGAGAGCGAAUGAAAGAGUAAUGGAGAGUAUGGAUGAUGUGGAUCAAAUGAAAUGAAAAGAAAUGAUUCGCUGUAAAACGAUAGUAAUGGAUUAUGGUAAUGAUGAUGGUAUGAGCGUAACAGAUAAUUGCAAUAAAUGUUAUAACGAAAAACCUGUAAAUGAUAAA